CCCGGCGCCUACUUAGCCUCGACCGGGUGCUCGGCCGGCAGGCUGCCACACGUUGGCCUGUCGCAUCCUCUGGCCUGCCAUCAGCCUGCCCUGUCCGGCCAUCACGCGGAGCAGCAGGUGCAAUUGGGCCACGCCGCGGCGGCGGCUGCAGCCGCAGCCUCCAUGGGGAUGGAGUCCUCGGAGCUGGUCGCGGUCGCCCAUUACCAGGCGCAGCAGCUUCAGCGGCAAUUGUUGGCCGAGCAGUCGGGUUCGGGCGGCAUGCUGCCGCCGGCUGCUGCUCAGCCUACUGGUGGAGGCUUGACGCAGUCGCUACAGCAGCCGCAGCAAGCUCAGUCUCAGGGCCAAGAUCCGCUGCAGAGCCUGAUGCAACAGCUCAUCUGUUUGCAACAGAUCGAAUACUUUUUCGCACAGCGUGGUCACAAGUGAGAAUUUCCAGCCGGAAGGUGGAUAACACG